CAUAAAAACAACAAACAAAGAGGUUUUCUAUAGUAUCACACAAUGAGGUCUUCUCUUGCUAUGUUUUCUCUUCUAUUUGCUUUCUUGUUAAGUGGCACCAUAGAAGCAAGGAAAGAUCCUGAGGAGUAUUGGAAAGAGAUAAUGAAAGACCAACAAAUGCCAGAAGGACUUCAAGGCCUUCUUCCAUUCCAAUCUGAAAACAAUCCCAAGACUCAAGAGCAACUUGUUAAAGAUUCCAAGCAUGAAUGUGAAGACCCUCUUGAUACAAAUGUUGUUUCACAAUAUGGUGAUUUUGAACUCAAAUUAAGUGCUAAGAAGGAUAAUAUUGAACCCAGACCAAGUGCUAGUAAUUAUGGUGAUUUUGAACUCAAGUUAAGUGCUAGCAAGAAGGGUGAUAUUGAACCAAGACCAAGUGCUACUAACUAUGGUGAUUUUGAACUCAAGUUAAAUGCUGGCAAGAAGGAUGAUAUUGAACCAAGACCAAGUGCUACUAACUAUGGUGAUUUUGAACUCAAGUUAAGUGCUAGCAAGAAGGAUGAUAUUGAACCAAGACCAAGUGCUACUAACUAUGGUGAUUUUGAACUCAAGUUAAGUGCUGGCAAGAAGGAUGAUAUUGAACCAAGACCAAGUGCUACUAACUAUGGUGAUUUUGAACUCAAGUUAAGUGCUAGCAAGAAGGAUGAUAUUGAACCAAGACCAAGUGCUACUAACUAUGGUGAUUUUGAACUCAAGUCAAGAGCUAGCAAGAAGGAUGAUAUUGAACCAAAACCAAGUGCUACUAAGUAUGGUGAAUUUGAACCACGACCAAGUGCUACAAAGUAUGACGAUUUUUAACCAAGACAACGUACCAAAAAGUAUAAUGAUUUUGAACUAAGACCAAAUAUUUCCAAGUAUGAUAAUUAGCUCCUAAAAUAAGAAAGUCGAUUGAAAAAUAUCGCACUCUUAUCUUUGUAUCAAAAGAUAAGGUUGUAGAAAAAUGAUUCCAUGUUGCUUGUUUAGAGUAAAAAUAUAUUUUAAAUUUGUAAUAAAAAAAAUUAUGUUUAUCGUUGUGUCGGUGUAGAUGUUCAACUUUAUUUAUUUUAUUUCAAUAAUAUUAUUAUUUUUAAUUAAA